AUGUGGAGCAGAGUCCUGGAUGACCAGUGGGACAUGCAGGAGGCCAGCGUGGUGUGCCGGCAGCUGCAGUGCGGAAAGGCAGAGACAGCCUACACCUCCCUGAAGGCCCAGAGAGGGACGGGUCCUGUGGGGCUGCGAGGGGUCCGGUGCACAGGGCACGAGGCCAACUUGACUCUCUGCAACACCUCCCUGCCUGAGAGUGUGCUGGCAGCAGGGAUUGCAGAGGACGUGGGGCCGUUUGCUGGGGGGAGCCGACAGGUCCGGCUGGUGAAUGGGCCCGGGCGCUGUGCGGGGAGAGUGGAGAUCUACUACCAGGGCAGCUGGGGGACCAUCUGCGAUGACGGCUGGGACCUGCAUGACGCCGCUGUCGUUUGCCAGCAGCUGGGCUGCGGAGGGGCGGUGGAGGCGGUUGGCUCCGCUCGGUUUGGGGAAGGCUCCGGUCAGAUCUGGCUGGACAGCGUGAACUGCUCUGGGGCCGAAGCUGCUCUCUGGGACUGCCUGGCAGAGUCCUGGGGGCAGCACGACUGCUGGCACAAAGAGGACGCAGGAGUCGUCUGCUCAGAGUUCGUGGCCCUGAGGCUGGAGAACAGCGAUGGCUGCUCUGGGCGCCUGCAGGUUUUCUACAACGGGACGUGGGGGAUUGUUUGCUCCAACUCAAUGACUCCCAAAACGGUGUCGCUGGCAUGCAAGUUGCUGGGCUGUGGGGACAGAGGGUCCCUGGAAACACGCCUGCCCUCUGGCAAGGUGUCUGGCCCUGCCUGGCUGGAUCGCGUGGAGUGUGGGGAGAGAAACAACUUUUUCUGGCAGUGUCCCUCCACUCCCUGGGACCCACAGUCGUGCGAUGACCUGCGAGACGAGACCCACAUCACCUGCAAUGACAGGGAGAAGAUUCGUGCCGUGGGAGGAGAGAAUGGGUGCUCGGGCAGAGUGGAGGUCUGGUACCGUGGCUCCUGGGGGACAGUGUGCGACGACUCCUGGGACAUGCAGGAUGCUGAGGUGGCAUGCAGGCAGCUGGGCUGUGGCCCCGCAGUGUCUGCUCUGGAUGAGGCUGCAUUUGGGGAGGGGACAGGCCCCAUCUGGCUGGAGCAGGUGGAGUGCCGGGGUACAGAGCCAUCUCUGCAGGACUGCUGGGCCCGGCCUGGAGACAGUGGUGCCUGCCGGCAUAAGGAGGACGCUGGUGUGCGCUGCUCCGAUCCCACCCGGGACCGUCCAACUGGCAGCGGGAGAGUCUCAUUGCCCAUCAUCAUCUGCAUCAUCCUGGGAGCCCUUCUCUGCCUGCUCCUGGCCCUCUUGGCUGUGCAAAGCGCCAGGGCUGGGCGUAGAGGUUCUGAGAGAGCUUGGGAGCCUUUUCCUGAGGCCGUGUACGAGGAGAUUGGUUACAGCCCGGCGGGGGAGAAGCAGGAGAGGUUCAGCGGCUCAGGCUCCUAUUCAGAGGGGUCCCUGACCAAGCUGCAGCCGUACCCUGGGGACAGCAAGGAGGAGGAUGGUCCAGGGUCAGCACCAGACAUCCCUGUUCUGCCCGGAGGUGACCCAGUGGAUGGCUAUGAUGAUGCCAGGGAGGUUUCUGACCCUGGGGAGGAUCCCGUGUCUGGACAGGGAGACUGGGAAAUGCCCAGGGUGCCAGAGGAAGGAGCAGGGCCCAGGGAUGCACCUGGAGAGCCGGGCUAUGACGAUGCUGAAGAGGUGUCUCUGGCACAUCCCCCUGAGGACACGAAGGCUGUGACACCGGAGCUGGGUGCACAGCAGUCCCGGAGCCCCAGGCCAGGAGAGCCGGUCCCUGCCAUGGGGCUGGGUGCAGCCAGGAGGGAGGAGAUGUCUGUGCAGCUGGGAGAGCUGUGA